AUGACAUUACGAGGCUGGCGUUUCAGUGAGUGGCGUAAAUAUCCUGCACUCAUUCCGAUCUUUGUUUGCUGUGCAGUCAGCACUGGCUGGGCCCUCUUUUACAGUCUUCGACAAUUAACUUGUCAUCGUGAUGUUGUAUUUGAUCGAAAGAAAAAUCAAGAUCCUUGGAGUAAACGUGACGGAAAAAUGCUCCGCUUUUGGUAUGGAAACUACGACCGCAAUAACCAAGUACCAGCACCUGAUUAUGUUAACAUGAUCGGAGACUUACCUGGAACAAAAAAAGAGAAAAAGAAAAAGCUUUUUUACUUAUAAAUUGCAAACACCUUCAGAAAUUU